CGCCCCGGCCUUCAGCUCUAUGUAAGGCGGGUGUCUGGGGCCGCGGGAGCUCCUCAGCCGGAUCUAAAGGAGAGCGGUCUUUCGGCUGGUCCUGCGUUCGGUCUCGUACCGAAGGCCCGGCGCGCGCGCGCACGCGCACGCGCAUGCCCGCCUCUGUCCCCGCCCCGAGUGGCGCCGCGUCCUUCGACCCCGGGCAGCGCACCGCGGGCCGCUGCCGGCGGCAUGCGGGACUACGACGAGGUGACCACCUUCCUGGGCGAGUGGGGGCCCUUCCAGCGCCUCAUCUUCUUCCUGCUCAGCGCCAGCAUUAUCCCCAACGGCUUCAAUGGAAUGUCUGUCGUGUUCCUGGCCGCCGCUCCGGAGCACCGCUGCCGGGUGCCGGACACCGCGAACCUGAGCCGCGCGUGGCGCAACCACAGUAUCCCGCUCCGGCUGCUGGACGGCCGCGAGGUGCCUCACAGCUGCCGGCGCUACGGGCUGGCGGCGAUCGCCAACUUCUCGGCGCUCGGGCUGGAGCCGGGGCGCGAUGUGGACCUGGAGCAGCUGGAGCAGGAGAGCUGCGUGGAUGGCUGGGAGUUCAGCCAGGACAUCUACCUGUCCACCAUCGUGACCGAGUGGAACCUGGUGUGUGAGGACGACUGGAAGGCCCCGCUCACAGCCUCCUUGUUUUUCGUGGGUGUGCUGGUGGGCUCCUUCAUUUCGGGGCAGCUCUCAGACAGGUUUGGUCGGAAGAACGUGCUCUUUGUGACCAUGGGCAUGCAGACGGGCUUCAGCUUCCUGCAGAUCUUCUCAAAGAACUUUGAGAUGUUUGCUGUGCUAUUUGUCUUUGUGGGCAUGGGCCAGAUCUCCAACUACGUGGCAGCAUUUGUCCUGGGAACAGAAAUUCUUGGCAAGUCGGUUCGUAUUAUCUUCUCCACAUUAGGAGUGUGCAUAUUUUAUGCAUUUGGCUACAUGAUGCUGCCCCUGUUUGCCUACUUCAUCAGAGACUGGCGGAUGUUGCUGCUGGCACUGACGAUGCCUGGGGUGCUGUGUGCGGCUCUCUGGUGGUUCAUCCCUGAGUCCCCCCGAUGGCUCAUCUCUCAGGGACGACUUAAAGAGGCAGAGGUGAUCAUCCGCAAGGCUGCCAAAAUGAACGGGAUUGUUGCACCCUCAACUAUCUUCGAGUCAAGUGAGCUGCAAGACCUGAGUUCUGAGAAGCAGCAGUCCCACAGCAUCCUGGAUCUGCUUCGAACCCGGAAUAUCCGAAUGGUCACUGUCAUGUCCAUAAUCCUGUGGAUGACCAUAUCAGUGGGCUAUUUUGGGCUCUCCCUCGACACUCCGAACUUGCAUGGGGACAUCUAUGUGAACUGCUUCCUUUCGGCAGUGGUUGAAGUCCCCGCGUAUGUGCUGGCCUGGCUGCUGCUGCAGCACAUGCCCCGACGCUAUUCCAUGGCCACAGCCCUCUUCCUGGGCGGCAGCGUUCUCCUCUUCGUGCAGCUGGUGCCCCCAGGUUGGUACUACUUGGCCACCAUCCUGGUGAUGGUGGGCAAGUUUGGAGUCACUGCUGCCUUUUCCAUGGUGUAUGUGUACACUGCUGAGCUGUACCCCACCGUGGUCAGAAACAUGGGCGUGGGGGUCAGCUCCACAGCAUCUCGCCUGGGCAGUAUCCUGUCUCCCUACUUCGUUUACCUUGGUGCCUAUGACCGCUUCCUGCCCUACAUUCUCAUGGGGAGUCUGACCAUCCUGACAGCCAUUCUCACCUUGUUCCUCCCAGAGAGCUUUGGCACUCCCCUCCCGGACACCAUUGACCAGAUGCUAAGGGUCAAAGGAAUAAAAUACAGACAAACUCCAGGCCACACAAGGAUGUUAAAAGAUGGUGAAGAAAACUCCACAGUCCUUAAAAGCACAGCCUUAUAACACAACCUCCAAUACAUGAGGUGAGGAGGGAAGACUGUGUCUUGUCAGAAGCAGCUUGUAUAGACACGGAGUCCUUCAGCAGGGGAGAUCUUUGCUGUUCAUCUGCUUACCCCUGGGUCUGACUUGCUCCUGGCUGGACAGCUGGACUUGGGCUGCCUGUGGUCUAAGCACACCACCUUCCCUCCAGACCAGCUUGAGAUACGUCCGAAUGUGCAGACUUGCCGGAUGAUGGAUGGGUGCUUCCUAAGAAGUUAACUAUUCACCAGGACCUAUGGGACCUGGAAAAAUAGGAGAGGCAUCUGCUAAAUUUACAUAUUAAUUCAGACCUCCUGGAAAGACUGGAGGUCCCAUCUCCCCACCUAAUCUUACCCCCAUUUCCCUCUCAUGGUGCACUUUAAAGGAAAAGAAAGAAUCGCACAGGGAGUUUGAUUUCUCACACUUUCUUAGUCACAGGCCACAUUAACCGGGAUUGUUGGCUUCCCCAGGCACGAGAGCACAGAUCUGGGGAAGUCUAAAAGUAAUUACUUUGGAGGGAACUGAACAGGUUUAGAACAAGGGCAAGUGCAUUGAUUUGUGAGCUCUUGUACCCCUCAGUGUGACUCUUGGGUAGACUUGUUUACAUCUGAUCCAAGCACUGGGUUUGUCCAGGCCCAUACGAGAUACAUCACCAAAUCUCUUCUCGUUUUCCACUGCGGUGUAAAUCACAUCUCCUAGCUACUGUGGUUUCUGAUGUGUGGUUUGAAGGAAGUCUAUCACUGAGAAAGAGAGACAAGCAAACUCAUCUCUUCUCUCAAAACUAUAAGGUAGAAUUUAUUUGUGUUUUGGUUGUUUGAUGUUUGAUGUUAUGUCUUUUUCUGCUUAAGUUAUUUGCCCUUCAGAAUAGACUUAGGAAGGGCUAGUUCCCAGCCUCCUGAUCUGUGUCUUUGUUUGUGUUUUUGUGUUUUUCAACCCAGAAUCCCUCUGGCGAAGGUGUGCAGUUGCCAUUUGUGCAAGGCCUUAUCAGCCUUCGCCACUAGCACCUUCUCUGUGUGCCAACAAUGCCGUCAUUGUCUGUGUUCCUUUUGUGAUACCUAAUCAUGGGGAAAAAUUACAAAGAAGAAAGUCAAAUUGUGUUCACAGUCUUUCAGCAUUGCUCACUUGAGAGAUAUUUUGUGUUUGGUGUAACUGUCUUCUACGAUUAUAUUACCACUGUACUCCUAAAGCAUAAGCCUCUCCUGGAUAAAAGCUGUAUUUUUGUGAAAGCUCCUGAAGUGCCUUGGGAAAUGAAGAUGUUUUAAUAAAGAAAAUGAUUUUUUAAGUAAUA